UUUCUCGGUGCGUUCCGUUAGGUUCCGUUGCCAAAAACAAAUGAAUUAACACUAUUCACCCCUCCUUUUCCCCUUCCCCGGUUUGCAAAAGAGUUUGACAGCUGUCUUCUUUCAUCUUGCCUUAAUCUAUUUUCUACGAUUAAGGAUAUUUAAGAACACAAUUUAAAAGGAGCUGAAGACAGUCAUGGCAGAUAAGCCUUACCCGUCUUCCUGUGAUACUUUUGUGGUGCUGCCACCUCUUACCUCUCAUAAAGGAAUAAUAUUUGGCAAAAAUUCCGAUAGACCCAGAGAUGAGGUUCAGGAGGUAGUCUACUUCCAGGGGCAAGAGUAUCCACCAGGAUCCAAGUUAAAGUGCACUUACAUUGAAAUUGAACAAGUUUCCAAAACUUUUCCUGUUAUUUUGAGCAAACCCUCGUGGAUGUGGGGUGCUGAAAUGGGAGCCAACGAUCAAGGAUUGUGUAUCGGUAAUGAAGCAGUAUGGUCAUUCUUUGAAAAAGCCGAAGAUAAAGAGGAGAAGCUAUUGGGCAUGGAUUUUGUGAGACUUGGUCUAGAACGUGGAGCAAGUGCUAAAGAAGCACUUACGAUUAUCACAGAACUUUUAGUAAAGCAUGGCCAAGGUGGCCCUUGUUCUGAUACAGAUCCUGAUCUCACAUACUUCAAUUCUUAUAUAAUUGCUGAUAAGGAAGAAGCUUGGGUGUUGGAAACAGUUGGGAAGCUGUGGGUUGCUGAAAAAAUUGAGUCUGGAUUUAGAAAUAUUUCUAAUGCUCUGAGCAUUGGUACUAAGAUUGACCUUAAAUGUGCUGAUCUCUAUGAUGUUGCAAAAAGUGAAGGUUUGUGGGAUGGAAAGGAGGAUUUCAACUUUGCCAAGAUUUUUGGCAAGUCAAAUGAUUGUGCAGAGGGAAGAAAAAAAUGCGGAGAUGAUAUGCUUGCUGAACUUACUGUCGGAAACCAAUUUUGUAUUGAGAAUAUGUUGAAAGUCUUGCGUAAUAAGGAUUCAAACAUUUGUAGAGGAAGAGAUCAUUCUCAUCCAACAGCAAGUAGUCAGGUGUCUGUUUUGUCUCCACCUGAGAAUCCAAAACCAAGUUGCCAUUGGUUCACUGGAACUCCUGAUCCCAGUAUCUCUGUUUACAAGCCAUUCGUGUUUACUCCAAAUGUUCAGAUUUCGCACCUCACUGUUAGCCCUGUUUUUGAGCCUGAUCCUGCAAAGGUUUUGCCACGCUUUCAGACCACUGUUGAUCGAUCUCAUCCCUUAUAUAAGUUUCAUAAAGAUGCCACCAGUGAAAGUAACCCAAAUCGAAAUGAAGUCAUCUCCAAGUUACGCUCAAUGGAGGAAGGUUGUAUUGCUGAAGUUCAAGCAUUUUUGGACAAGUUUGAACCAGGACAACCACUUAGUGAGAUGGAUGAACUUCUGAAAGAUAUUGUUGAGACCGAAAUUAAAUUCUACAAGUAAUUGCUACUUUUUACUGCCUUGUAGUUCAUGGCACAUCUGCUCUGCUGGCUAGAUUUUUUCUAUCUUUCUUAUUUAUGAUUUUACUGCAGAAAGAAUACAACCAAAGUAUUUUUAUUCUAAUUAACUAAGCAGGCUUGAAAAGACAUCAUUUUGCUAUUGACUUAUGUUCAGAACAAUUUAUUUGGGGGAAGAAUUGGGAGAAUUGUUUAUUAGUUGGUACAUUAAUAUGUAA